GGGCUCGCUAAGAAACCUUCUUCCCUCUCACAGUCUCACCGAGUGGGAGCUAAAAAGUAGUAGUUGUAUUAGCAAUGGCGAGCGAGCAAGGCUUCAGUGGCUGGACGGACCUGCUCCACUCCUCCACGAAGCUUCUCGAACAAUCCGGUCCUUCCUCUCAGUUCCCUCCUCUUCAGGUUCUUGCUGCUAUUGAUUAACUCUCAAACCUUGAACAGUUCGUCAGACUGUCGCUUUGUCGUUCGCGGAUAGAUUCUCUUAUGGGUCGCUCGUGGAUCAACGUGCUAAAGUACCAAUGAUCAAGCCGACGGGCCUGAGGACUCUCAUAACAAGGACCAUCCAUGACAACAUAUCUGGAGAUGCUCUUCAUAUUUCUCGGCCUUUGGGAACACAGGUUGUAAAACAAAAGCAUUCCUCGAUGCCCAAAAUCUCCAACUCUUCAACUCUUGCAGUCUUCUCCCCAGAAGCAUAUCAAAGGUUUCUUCUUCUCCGCCGAAAAUCAAAACCCAUUUCAUCCUCCUCCUCCACAUCAUCAUAUCCUGUCCCAACCCAGGAGCAGAUUGCCCAUUUGAUACUAAACCAGAAAUCGGCCUCCCAAGCCCUCGAAACCUUCAGAUGGGCUUCCAAACUCCCCCACUUCAGCCACUCGCAGUCCACCUACCGUGCUUUAAUCCGCAAUCUAUGUGCUUUCCGUUGCUUUGAUACUGUAAAGGAUCUGCUCGACGAAAUGCCCAACUCAAUCGGGUCACCCCCAGAUGACGACAUUUUCGUAACGAUCAUCCGUGGUCUCGGGCGGGCACGUAUGGUUAAGCAAGUGAUCAAAGUGGUUGACUUGGUUUCUCAGUUUGAAAAGAAACCGUCUUUGAAGAUUUUCAAUUCAAUACUAAAUGUUCUUGUCAUGGACGAUAUUGAUUUGGCUAGAUGGUUUUAUAGGAAGAGAAUGAUGGGAAGUGGUGUUGAAGGCGAUGAUUACACUUUUGGGAUCUUAAUGAAAGGGCUUUGCUUGACUGAUAGGAUUGGUGAUGGCUUUAAGCUAUUGCAAGCGAUGAAGUCAAGGGGAAUUACACCAAAUACCGUAAUUUAUAACACAUUACUUCAUGCACUUUGCAGGAAUGGGAAAACUGGGAGAGCAAGGAGCUUGAUGAAUGAAAUGAAGGAGCCCAAUGAUGUGACUUUUAAUGUCUUAAUAUCUGCUUACUCUAAAGAAGAGAAUUUGGUUCAAGCUCUGGUUCUGUUGGAGAAGUGCUUCAGUUUGGGGUAUGUGCCCGAUGUUAUUUCAGUAACUAAGGUUCUGGAACUUCUCUGCAAUGUUGGUCGUGUAACUGAGGCUGUUGAGAUUUUGGAGAGAUUGGAGAGUAAGGGAGGUGUGAUUGACAUUGUGGCUUAUAAUACUUUGAUAAAGGGUUUUUGUAGAUUAGGGAAAAUGAAAGUGGGGUAUUCCUUUCUGAUGGAGAUGGAGAGGAAGGGCUGCCUUCCAAAUGUAGACACCUACAACAUUUUGAUCUCUGGAUUUUGUGAGUAUAGGAUGUUGGAUUUGGCUCUUGAUCUGUUUAAAGAGAUGAAAACAGAUGGGAUUAACUGGAGUUUUGUUACAUACGAUACACUAAUUAAAGCUUUGUGUUCAGGAGGUAGGAUGGAAGAUGGGUUUAAGAUUUUGGAAUUAAUGGAGGAGAAUAAGGUAGGAUCUGGGAUUCGUAUUAGUCCUUAUAACAGUGUGCUAUAUGGUCUGUAUAAGAAAAAUCAGUUGGAUGAAGCACUCGCAUUUCUGACCAUGAUGGGGAAGUUAUUUCCUAGAGCUGUUGAUAGGAGCUUGAGCAUUUUAAAUUUCUGUGCGGAGGGAGCUAUUGAGGAUGCAAAGAAGGUUUUUGAUCAGAUGCUUGGAGAAGGGGGAGCUCCAAGUGUUGUUGUUUAUGAUCAUUUAAUCCAUGGAUUUUGCCAACAAGGAUGUGUGCGUGAAGCGUUUGAACUGGUGAAUGAGAUGGUUCAUCUUGAUUAUUUUCCAGUUGCACCAACAUUCAAUGCCCUGAUCAGUGGGUUUUGCAGGCAGGGAAAAGUUAGCAGUGCUUUGAAGCUCAUGAAUGACAUGGUUGGGAGGGGUUGCAUUCUCGAUAUAACAAGUUAUAAUCCCUUGAUCGACGCUCUUUGUAGGAAGGGAAAUUUUGACAAGGCUUUGGAGCUCCUUUCACAUAUGGUACAAAUGGGGAUCGUCCCUAAUUAUUCAUCGUGGAACUCUUUGCUUCUUUGUCUGUGCCAAGAAACCAGUAAUAACAUGUUCCGAGUAACUCACUUGUUGCAGCAGAUUGCUGAGACGUGAAUUAAUUUAUGGGUUUUGCUUAUAUUCCAAAAGACUGAAAUAAUAUUAGACUUGUAUUAUCUCUGAAUGAAUACAUUACAGUGAGCUAUACAUCCCAAUAUAUACAGGUUUGUAAGCUGAAAAUAAAAGAAAAAUACAUAUCAAUUUUAAUGAAUAAAAUCAGUAUCAAUCAUAAUGAGAAAAAUCAGUCUGUCUUUGUUGAGAAUGAAUUUGGAUUAUUGUGAGGAAGCCUGCCCUGCCUAUGCUUUCCUUUAGUUCCACGCUGCAUUAGUUGAUGUCUAGCUGUGGCUUUACUUGUAUAGAGUGUGAUUGGCUGAAUGAGCUGGAAUGUGGCGCUCCUCAUCUUUUGCUUCAUUGUUUGUAAUAAGGAUUGGUCAUAUUGAUUGGAUGCAACAAGUUUUUCA